UUGGAUAUUUGGAUUCUCAGUACGCCUUAUCAGUUAUCAUCCACGCCCACCAUUAAUGCCUUCAACUGAAUACAAUAGAAUAGAAUAGACUGUCACAACUAACCGGCCGCUGUUCCCCCAUCUCCGGCGACCUCUAUCAAUAGGAAAUGCUUAGCACCGCCAUUCUCUCCGCCGCGUUCUCUUCUUCAGCUCCCGUCUUACCACUAUCCAAUUCCACUGCAUUACAUUCCUCUUCCUCUGUAACUAGACAUUUGAAUCUUCCUAGUCUAGCAAUCGGUAGCAAAUGCUUCAGACCGAAUUCGCAGCGUUUGCGUGUCCAGGCUUCAAUGUCAUCGUCCCCGUUGAUCGAAAAGGAAACGGCCGAGGCAGAGCGCCCCCCGACUUUCCUGCGAGAAUCUGAUAACGGCGCCGGGAAUGAGUCCACCACCGUGAGGGCUCGUUUCGAGAAGAUGAUUAGGGAGGUCCAGGACAGCGUCUGCUCGGCGUUGGAGGCCGCGGAUGGAGGAGGCAGCUUCAAGGAGGACGUUUGGUCCCGCCCCGGCGGUGGCGGCGGGAUCAGUAGGGUUUUGCAGGACGGGGCCGUCUUUGAGAAGGCCGGUGUAAACGUCUCCGUCGUUUACGGCUUAAUGCCUCCCGACGCCUAUCGAGCUGCCAAGCCCUCCACCGACAACGGCAAUACCAAGCCCGGCCCUAUUCCCUUUUUCGCUGCUGGGAUUAGCUCUGUUCUGCAUCCGAAGAACCCUUUUGCACCAACUCUGCAUUUCAACUAUCGGUAUUUUGAAACUGAUGCUCCAAAAGAUGCUCCUGGAGCACCAAGGCAGUGGUGGUUUGGUGGCGGUACUGAUUUGACACCUGCUUAUAUUUUUGACGAGGAUGUAAAGCAUUUCCAUUCGGUUCAAAAAAGUGCCUGUGACAAGUUUGAUCCCAGCUUCUAUCCUCGAUUCAAGAAAUGGUGUGAUGAUUAUUUUUACAUUAAGCACCGUGGUGAGAGGCGUGGUCUUGGAGGAAUAUUUUUUGAUGAUUUAAAUAACUAUGACCAAGAUAUGCUUCUUUCCUUUGCUACAGAGUGUGCAAAUUCUGUUAUUCCUGCAUAUAUACCCAUUAUAGAGAAGAGAAAGGAUACGCCAUUCACAGCCAGUCACAAGGAAUGGCAACAAGUACGUAGGGGACGCUAUGUGGAAUUCAACUUGGUCUACGAUCGUGGAACUACAUUUGGACUGAAGACAGGUGGUCGGAUAGAGAGCAUCCUUGUUUCACUUCCACUAACUGCUAGAUGGGAAUAUGGCCAUCAACCAGCAGAGGGGACUGAAGAAUGGCGACUAUUGGAUGCAUGUAUCAACCCUAAGGAAUGGAUCUGAAUGCUUCAAAACAUUUUGGUGUAGGUAUGUAAAGCUCUGAGACUGCCUUGUUUUCUCUGCCUGUGACACGGUCAAGCGCUUCUCUUUCUUGAUCUUACUACAUUCAUUAGUUACAUAGGCUGAUGGAGACAUGACCUGUUUCAAAGAUAGCUGUAAAUUGUUUCAUGAGGUGAGGUUAGGUUAGGUUUUGUGAUAACACAAAAACACACCUCACAACCAAGAUGGAUGGAUAGAAUCAGGCAGGAAGAAACACUUGGAUACAUUAAUAUGCUUCAUUCUUGAUA